AGCAAAGAGAGAAAAAACAACGUUCUCGAGGCGAAGAGCCAGUUGCGCACUUUAGCAAGGAAAUGCUUAGCGGAUUGGGGAGUGCACCAGCUGAAAAUUAAAUGGGGCGUCCAGUCAAACUAGCCCUUUAUCUUCUCAUAUUUGUGUGCAUAUCUGAGAGAUUGUUGCGUUUAGGGUUCGUAAAUCGUGAAGAACAAAUCCCUGUCUCGCUACCUAGAAAACACUUGAGGAAGAUGCCUCUGAAGAUGGUAGACGUAACGCCUUCAGAUUUCGAUCAAGCUUUUGAGAAGUUCAAUUCUGAAAAAGGCCGAAUCAAGUUCAUACUUUUCUUAGCUGACAUAGAUCCUUCUACAUCCCUCAGCUGGUGCCCUGAUUGUGUAAGAGCAGAACCAGUGAUUUACAAAAAGCUUGAAGAAUCAUCAUCAGAUGUAUUGUUGUUGAGAGCUUAUGUUGGUGAUAGACCAACUUGGAGAACUCCAAAUCAUCCAUGGAGGAUUGAUUCAAGGUUUAAUCUCAAAGGAGUUCCAACACUUGUUCGUUGGGAGAAUGGUUCUGUUCAAGGUCGUCUUGAAGAUCAUGAAGCUCACGUCCAAAGCAAAAUCGAAACCCUACUUUCUUGAACUGUUAGUAAAAGAAUGUUCAGUUGUUAAAUUUUUCAUUUCUCGUAUUCUCGGAUCUUUGUAGUAAUAUCAAGAGCACAAUGUUGUACCAAUUUCUGGGUUAAGCAGAGAUCUGAAUCUCUGACGAACUCCUCGUGAUUUGCCUGAACCUGCUAGAGUGAUUACUGUA